AUAAGACUUGGAUCUACAAGAGUAACCAAAGGGGUGUGACAAGAUGGCAACUUUUAAAACUUCUUCUGUUUUAUUCAUUAUCUGUUUUGUAUUAAGUGGAACCACGGAUCACGGGUCCAUGGUCUUGGGCUGCGCUCCAUGCAACACAGGCUGGAUAGAGUUUGGGAAUCGCUGCCAUCUCAUCGUCAACAAGCAGAAAUCUUUCCAGGAUGCCGAGGCGUACUGCCAGGGCCUGUCCCGCCCUGGAAGGCCGGCUCAUCUCAUGUCGAUCAACAGCGAAAAGGAGAAUGACUUCCUCAUGGAGUACGCCAAGACCAUUAAUGGUCUUGUUGAGAUGAGCUGGUUGUGGAUCGGCUACCUCAAAAGUGCCACCCCAAAAUGGCUGGAUGGAAGCCAGGAUAGCUACGUAUACUGGGCUCCGGGAUAUCCACUCAGUUGGCCUAUCGAGACCAUUGACUUAGUUUGCGUCGGCGUUUAUAUUCCUGUGGGUACUUGGGUGGAUCUUUAUUGCAUCACAGAAACAGCAUUCGUCUGUGAGAUGCCGUACAGAUUUACCACAAAGUAACUCAAAAAAAGA